AUGGCUCAAAUGGCCGACAGGUGGGCCACGAAAAUAGUGGCCCUCCCCAUCUUUUCAGAUGCGUUUGCCAAGGCUGUGCUGAGAUCUCCAUUUGCCAAUUUGGCCUUCGUGCUCGCCAUGGAGGUUCGAACGGCGCAGGAGUUUGCUCUGCAAGUGAGUGAGUGGGCCCCACAACUGGAUGCGGAGUUCAGAGAUGAUCUUUUGCGGUCACCGUUCAUGUUAGAGCAGUUCUGGACUUUAGCUUUUUCUGUUGAAAAGCCUUUCUUGGAGUCCACGGUCACACAGCUAGGUUUUGGGUUGUGUGAAGCUCCCAUGCCACCUAUCAGUGCUGAGACCGCUCGGGCUAGAAGGGUUGGGGCAAUCAAAGCUCUGACCGAGAGGCCUGUUCAUCCCCCCAAGAAGCUCUUGAAAACUGCUACGGGUCCUGCCUCAGCCACUCCGUUGCUUGAUCAGGAAAACGCAGCUCGCUGGAAGUGGGCCGCGCGCCUGGAAGCGAUCGGCAAAAAGGCAGGCUCUUUCUCCAAGUUGUUGUUGGAGACCACCAAUGAGAGCGGGCUGUCAGCGGCAGAGAUUGCUCGCCUCCGGCAGCUAGUUCUUUCUUCUGGUGCUCCAAGGACCAUGGCAGUUCAUGUGUCUAACUGGGAGAGGUUUGCUGAGUGGGCUGAGAGUAAGGGGAUCGUUUUACACCCUGUGACCAGUGCAAAGCUCAUUCAGUAUGCUCUGCACCUUGACAACAACGAGUGUGGUCCAUCGGUCAUUCCCACGUUCCGCACUUCGGUCAAGUGGGUUACGUCCAAGCUGGCAAUCGAAUGUCCUGACGUUGAUCACGCGGGACUGCUGGCUAUACAAAAUGAAGUGAUCAGCAAACGUGCAAAGACGCUCAAAGAAGCUGUGCCCAUUCCCACGGCGGUGGUGCGAUGCUUAGAGCUCUUUGUCAUGGACGAGGUGGAGCCCCAGGCAGCUCGUCUGUUCAUUUGGUGGUGGCUGUGCAUGGUGUUUGCAUCGCUCAGAUAUGACGACGCCCUGCACGUCAAGCCAGGCGAGCUCACUAUGUCCGAAGAAGGCAUGUUCGGGGGAGGGAUGGGGUUUAUGCAGCAAGAAGACCUUGAUCGCGACUUCUGGAUGCGUGACCUCAAUACUCGUGAAGCCUUUCGCUCUGCUCCUGCUCAAUACCAGCGCUCUCUGCAGUGGCUACGGCAUUUUGCCAAGCAUGCUCUUAACCAUUACCACGAGGGUGACCCUGAGGAGUUCAAGUCCCUUGAGGUCCAAGUGCUGAAGCUCACAGCACAUUCAGCCAGGGUGACUAUGCUGGAUGCCGCUGUUCAUGCUGGUCGGAGCACUGAGGAGAUUGGUCUUCAGGCGAACUGGAAGAACCCAGGUCCUCUAGUGCUCAAGUACACCAGGAACCGCUCAGCCAUCCCGGCCAAGAUGGUCCAGCAGCUAGUUCAAGACAUGCUCACACAGUGCCAUCCGGUCGAGGAGACUGAAGAGGUGGAACUGGAUGCGGUUGAUCGCUCGUCGUUCAACCAGGCUCACUUCUACGUCAAGACCGAUGGCUCCAGGUCCUCGUAUGACUACCGCUACCAUUGUUCAGCUGAAGAAGAUGACAAUGUUCUAGCGUGUGGCCGGGUUAGCAUUGCAGAUUGCACUGAUGUUGGCUCCUUCUUGCCGGACGCCUCCGUUCUGUGUAAGCAUUGCGCACGAGCUCGGCCAGAUGUUGUGGCACAAGGCUCAGCAUAG